AUGGCUGCACGACAUGAAAAUGAUCCUAGCAGCAUAGUUUCCAUUUUAAGGAUUGUGUCUGUGCAUCCCAAACUUGUGCAACCUCAAAGGGUUUUGACUCUUUCAAAUUUGGAUAGGCAGUGUCCAAAGCUCAUGCACUUGGUCUUCUUUUAUAAUAACUUACCUCACCAAACUUUGAAGGACUUGUCCCUCAAUUCAGUGUUCUCCAACUUGAAAUCUGGCUUGGAAGAGACCUUGACUCUAUGGUAUCCAGGUGCAGGUAGACUCAGGCCAAACCAAAGUGAUGGCAAGCUCAACCUUUGGUGUAGCAACCAGGGUGCAGUUCUGGCAGAGGCUGAAACCCCCCUUAAAAUCUCACAACUUGGAAACCUCUCUGAGUACAAUGAAUUCUUUGAAAAGCUGGUUUAUGAGCCAGCUUGUGAUGGGAAUUUCUCCAACAUGCCCUUGAUUGUUGCUCAGGUUACGAAAUUUGGUUGUGGAGGGUAUUCAAUUGGUAUUGGUACAAGCCACUCUUUAUUUGAUGGGCCAGCAACCUAUGACUUCUUGUAUGCAUGGGCUUCAAAUUCUGAAAUUGUGAAAAGAAGGAGAAAUGGUGAGCUUCCAAAACCAGUGCAUGAGAGAGGAAUACUACAAAUUAGUAACUCAAGUUUAAAUGCUCAAAAAGGAAGGGCGAUGGCAAUAGAUCACUUAUAUCAACUAAUAAUGCAAGCAACCAGCGGACAAAAGGGCUUUCCAAUGCAAAUUGGAGUUGGAGGAGGACUCUCUAAUCAAAACAAGUGUGUUCUUAAAACCUAUCAUCUUUCUGGUGUAAUGAUAGAUGACUUGAAAAGGAAACACUUCUCCAUGCAGAGAGGUUCUAUUCCCUUCUCAACCUUUGAGGUUCUUGCGGCUCACCUUUGGAAGGCAAGGACCAAAGCCUUAGGGGUGAGGAAAGAAAAGCUAGUAUGCCUGCAAUUCGCUGUGGACAUAAGGAGCAAGAUGAUACCCUCAUUGCCAAACGGUUUCAGUGGAAAUGCUUAUGUUCUUGCCUCCAUUAUGAUGUCAGUAGGAGAAUUGGAACAAGCAAGCCAUGAAAGCAUCAUUGAGAAAAUAAGAGAAGCCAAGAACAAUGUUAAUCAUGGCUAUGUUAAAGCCUACAUUGAUGCACUUGAAGGACCACAAGCUUCUUCUCUCCCCCCACUGAAGGAGCUAACUCUGGUUUCGGAUUGGACUAGGAUGCCAUUUCACAACAUUGAGUUCUUUCAUGGAAAAGCAACCUCUGCAUGUCCGCUAGCCACUCCUAUUCCACAGGUUGCAUACUUCAUGCAGAGUCCUAUUGAUAACUUUGGGGUUGAUGUGAGAAUUGGUUUGGAAGCAGAAACCUUAAGUGCUUUUACUCAAGGCUUUUUAAGCAGAGGGUGA